AUGACUUCCUCAAUGAGCGUCCAGCUUCUUACUGGACGGGCCUGCACUCGCGCAGUUCCUCCAAGAAAAUGGGCUAAACUCGUGGCCGACUGGGCCGAGCGCGAAGGCCUGGACGCAGAGGCGGCUGGGCGUGCUGUCGCCGCAGCGCUAUUGCACCACCUUUCGCGCCCGCGUCCACCUGCUCUGCUGAUCAACUAUCUCUCCCAAGGGCUCGAGGCUGGGCUCCUCACAGCGCGUACAUUUGCACUGUCCCUUCUCGCCCACAUGCACCGCAGCGAACACAGCCUCCACACUCCUCUGCUCGCGUCCAUUGCGACCGCGCUCUUCGGGACACCGACCGGUCUGGAUCCCUCCGAGCCUUUUCCCUCCCCCAUCACUCUGCCAACACCUGACGUCGGAACGAGCGCGUCCGGUGACGCCGAGCCCAUCCCCGCUCUGACGUUAAUGCUGCCGCUUCUGAGACAGUGCGUCUCUGGCCCACCACAGCUACUGGCCCUCGCUGCCCGGCUCACGGCACUCAUCCCACCCCUCCCCGCUCCGCCAUUUGAAGCGGGUCUCGAAGCGGCGCAGCUCUCUAGUGUCCUUCCAGAGGAUGUCGCCAAGCCCCUCCGCGACUGCCUGACAGGCCUCAUCGCUGACCUGCCCAUGCCUGAGGCCGCACCGGCGCCCGCCAUCUUCUCCGACGUCCCAAUCGUCAGCGGAUUCGCCGAACUUGACGGCGUACCGCAACUCAGCAACUUGCCUACCACCUUGCCGCUCCGGCAGAUGGCCAGCUUCCUCAUCGAGUAUACCGAGCGUGCGCAGAGUUGGACGUCCAGCUCAUCAUACUACACUGUCCCUCCCCAACCGCCCCAGAACCUCGUGUAUCUCAUCCGCCUCGGGCGCGCUCUCACCUCAGACUCGCAGGCGUACCUCCUUGCGCUCCUCGAGGCAGCGUCAGCCAGGGUGAUCGCGAGCUUGACUCUCGCUCCUAGCCAGGCGACUCGCGCGUAUGUCUUCUUCACGGAGGAACUGCCAGUCGCUCUUCGCUGGUGGCGUGACAACGCCGACCGCAAGUGGCCGUUCCCUUCCAACCUCCACAACGCGCUGGGGAGCACCUUUGCCUCUCACACGCAGGAGAUGUCAGGCUGGCAUGCGUCUGUGCAAUGCAACCACACGGCUAAGUCCGCGCAACUCAUGGACGACGACGAGGGCGGUGGAUACACUGCUCCCGAGGGAUGGAGCAUGCUGUCGCUGGAGGAGACGACCGUUCGUCGGUACCUCUCCCUCGGGCUGCUGGACGAGGAGCAGGCGGCAACUCUUGCUGAGGGAGGCAAGCCUUGUCCCGUCGGCGAGUCGCUCGUGGAGCGACUCUCGGGGGUGCAGCAGCACCACCUCGAGGCGAUUGCGUAUUUCAUCUCGUACGCGACUGGCGCUUCCCGCUCGCUCGGUGUGGAGCUCGUCAACGUCAUCAAGAACGCGCCUAACAGCCGUCCCCCAGAGAACCUGUUCCUGCGCGUCGCAGGCUCGCCGCCGCUACUCGCUCUUGUCACGGCGUACAUCACACCCAAGUCGCUGCUGGAACUGAUCGUAACGCACCUCCUCGACCAUGUCGAAGACCAGUCAUCUAGAAUCGAGGACCCACAGACAUCGCUCACGCAUUUUGGACCGAGCGUGGUGCUGGCUGAUGCACUGUGCGCCCAGUUCGACCUGCCCCUCCCAGACCUGCUAUACGACGGGCGGCGCGCGUCCAACAUCGCCGACCUGACCAGCUCGGAACAGGGUCACCUUAACGGAUGGGUCAAGGCGCUCUUCGGGUCGGACGGCAUCGACGAUGAGAUCAUCCUUGCGACGAGCUCGCAGGGCCUGUGCCGCCUCGCCCCAACAAUCGUGCAGCAGGCCAUUGUCGCCACGAUGAACGGGCAACUUGACUUGGACACGCUCCACUCAGGCCUCUCGUACUUUGCCCAGCCGAUCCUGAGCUGGUGUCUCGGUGGCGUGGUGAGGUGGCUCUGUGCCGAGAUUGAGCGGCAGGGUAUAUUGUCGGGUGUGCACCUCAAUGUGCUCCAGACUCUGGUGCUCGACAGUGCCUUCCCCACUCCGCUCCUGCGCGCGAACGCGCCGGCAAUCGCGCGCCUUCUUGACCCUGCUACAGGCUUAGAGUCGGUGAUGCUCAGCAGCUCAUUCGACGUUCCUGGCGUCCGCGCGCGCAUCGACGCCGUAGGUGGCCCAGAUGGCGGACCCGUGUCCGUACCCCUCGAUCCCUCCGCCCCGCUCGUGACACUGCGUGCCGAGUUAGCCAACGUCCAGCACCUCGACGUGGUGCCUGCCGGCUGGGAAUCGCGCCUUUACGACGCCCUCGAUACCUCCCUCCGCAGCGCUCUCCCUCUCCUCGAGGGCGUCAUCUCCACCGACAUCUUGUACCCCCCGACGAUCGAUACACCUCCAAACUCACCGGAGGUCCAGUUCCUCGCGUUCGUCAGCGUGCUCCACAUGCCAUACGCGUGCGCGCCCCCACUGGCCGUGGCGUUGAUCAACGCCUACCUCCCGCACCUCUUCACCCAUCGCUCCCCCUUCGUUCCUCUCGCCGCCAUGCCCGCUCCGACGCCAACGAUGCUCUCUUCCACUACGCCGGCGCACACCCCUCCUCCACUUCCGUUUGCGAGCCACGCACUGCACAGCCUGCUGCGCGGUGUGCUGCUUGCUGCGGACGCGUACGGCGCCGACGAGGGCGGUUUCUCCGACUACCUUGCGAGUCAUCUUGCAGACGAGUUCGCGUGUCAGCGCGCUCGACCGGUAUCUAACUCUCCACCCUCGAAGCGCGCCAAGGUCAGCGCGCUGGGGAUUGUGGACGCUCUCUGCCCCGAGCAGAAGGAGCUGAUCUGCGAGCUCGUCACGCUGUUCGAGAGCGACGACGAGAUACGUGCGCGCUGGCCUAACCUGACGCCACUGAGUACGAUGGGCCCCGCGACGGGUCCUGCGUCGUAG